UCUCAUAGCAAAUUAAGGAGUUAACAACUUAAUUAAUUUGACCAUAUCACUAUUUAGGAGCUGGCAAACUCGUCGCAAAAACCAUGGCUAGAGGAUCAAGAGGAUCCCAACAAGAGAGGGGUGAUAGACUUGUACAACGCCAUACUCUCCAAUGACACUGACACAAUGCAGCGCCUUCUAGCUCCAGACCUGGAGUGGUGGUUCCACGGUCCACCGUGUCACCGCCACCACCUCGUUCCCCUCCUCACGGGCUCCUCGUCGAAGCCUUUAGUCCCUGAUCUCGUAGUUGGGUUUGGAUCAGUGACUAUUGCUGAAGGCUUCGACGAGAGCAACUUGGUGUGGUGGGUACAUGCAUGGACCACCACUGACGAAGGCAUCAUCACGGAGGUUAGAGAGUAUGUCAACACUUCCGUCACUGUCACCAAGCUCGGUUUGCAUGUGAACAACGAUGAUGUUGUUUCUGCCACGUGUCAGAGUGUCUGGCAGAGCAAGCUCUGCGAUGAGUCUGUUCCGGGACUCAUUCUUGCCAUCUAGCUAGUGAAGGUUCCAAUGAAGACUAUGUUUCUGAAGUUCACUGUGUGUUAGUGUAGUGUUGUUUUGUUCACUUGUUUGUGGCAUUUUUAUUCUGUAUUUUUUUUUCUUUAGGUUUGAAAUUAAAUGAUGUGAACGAUUAAAUAAAAUGUUAGUCGCUUAUAGUAA